UAAUCACCCACGGACCCUGACUUUAGGGGUACCUUACGCUAAACCCCCUGAUAAAAAAAAACGAUCAGUAAACCCCCUAUUCUUUGUGACGGCUGCACGUAAACCCCCUGAGCCCAUUUCUCGCCGAUAUUUUGGCAAAAUGAUGACGUGGCACGAUAUAUUCACUGACGGCUCUGCAAGUCACUCUGCAUGCAUGUCAGACAUGUGUAAGAAUGUGUAAGGCUGUGUAAGGUUGUGUCGGUUGACUUUUUUCAAAAAAAAAAAAAAAAAAAAAAAAAUCAUUUUUACCGCUCGGUUAAAAAUCACUUUCUCUCUCUAACAUUUUUAACUUUUCCCUCUUCUUCUCCCUUAGUUUAUUUGAUUUUAUUUCUGUCCCAAAAAAAAACGUCCUUUCUGUUCUUUUCGUGUACCUACUUCGUUUCUUCUUCGCCUUGAUCGUUUCUUCGUCGCCUUCUUAGUUUCCUGUUAGGGUUUGGUUUCUUGAUCGUCUUCUUGGGUUUUCUUCGUUUCUUAGCAACUGGGUGUAAAGGGAAAAAAUGGGGAAAAGAAAACGAGAGCGAAGGGAGCGGGAAAGGCAAAGUGAAAGAGACAAGAGAUGGGAAAAAGGGUCAAAUAGUCGAGAUAACCCUUUACAACUCCAUGAUACUGAUAGUGAAAGCAGUCAAGAAGUAGUCGAAGUUUCACCAGGAGGGGGCAAAUUAUUCCAGAUUAAUUUACAUCACCAUGGGGAUCUUGGUGACUUGGCCUAUUAUGGUGGGGAAGUUCAAAGUAGGAUAUACCAUAUUGGUGAGAUUGAAAUGUCCAACCUUGACACAUGGUGUAGGAGGCUAUACGGCGGAAAAGCCAUUGUUGAUUACCAUUGGUGUCCGAAGGGAAUCGAAUACCGGGAUGGGAUAAAGGCGAUAAACCAUGAACAAGAUUUCAGGGAAAUGGCUGUGACAGGAUUAAAGGCAGGGUCUGUUGAGGUAUACGUAAGGGAGUAUUCUGUCAAGGACAUUAAAGAGUUACAUGAAAAGAUUAAGCUUGACUUGGAGCCUCCUCCUCUCCCCCCUAGUACUGUUGUUAUUGAGGAGCUUGUGGACCCGGAGGCUGGGCCAGGGGUAGAGGUGAAUAUACCAGUUCAAGAUCAGGGGCCACCUGUGAUUUUACCAGAAAUUGAGGGGGUUUUGUUGAUUGAGUGGCACGGCAACAAUGUGCAGGCACCAGUUAUAGAUGCAUUAGAGCCGGAGGAUGCAGUAGCGGGGCUGGAAGAGGGUGUGCAGGCUGCAGUUGUAGAUGUGGUGCAAGAGGGGCUGGAUGAGGUUCAGGAGGGGCUGGAUGAGGUUCAGGAGGGGCUGGAUGAGGCGCAGGAGGGGCUGGCAGAGGGUUUAAAUUUAAAUGAACAUGAAGAAGUGGUUGGGACAGAGAAAGAGUCUGAGGCCAGAUUGGAAGAGGUUACUGAAGAGGGGGAGGUGCCAGAAGGGGGGCCAGAUUGUCCCCCUUCAACUCUAGAGAGGAUGGCACAGGGUCUAUUUGAUCAUAUGGCUGAGGAGCUAGAGGGCAUGGAGGGGCUGUUUGAUGACGAUGACCAAAAUGAGGUUCAAGCAGAGGAACACUCCGGUCAAAGGGGGAAGAAUGAGGGUGAGAAGCCAACUCUUGACGACGUCGAGCUAAAUGUCGAAGAUUACAUCGUCGACCCAGACUACGACAUAUGGGACGACGAUGACGAUUUGAUAACGGAGCUUAGAUCGACGGGCCAAUAUUUUGAAGAGGGACCAGAUGCCCAACAUGAGGAUGAUGUAGAUGUUGGAUCUUCACAGAGAUCUGGUGGGAGACCAAGGGGAGAGAGUCAGGCAGAAUUUCGCCCGGGGGGCGUUGAUAGAACUAUACAUCCAGAAGCUGACGAGCAGGAGGAGGAGGUAGACUCGGACUACAUUGCUUCAGAUGAUAACAACACGGCUUCCGAGUCUGACGGUGACGGUCGGGUGAAGUUCAGGAUGUUCAACGAGGAGAAAGAGAUGGAAAAUCCAACCUUCAAGAAUGGAUUGCAAUUUGUGAACAGAGAGCAAUUCAAGAAAGCAUGUAGGCAGUGGGGCAUCAAACACAGGUAUCAACUGCAUUUUCCUGUCAACGAGAAGACCCGUGUCAGGGCUAAGUGCUUUGACAAGAGUGACAAUGUACCUAAGUGUCGGUUUGAAAUAUUUGCAUCCAAGCAAAACAUGUCAGAUCCGGAUGAUGAAACAUUCUUAGUGAAGACCCUGAACUUGGUACACACUUGCCCGAAGAGAAGAUCGAAUUUCCACAUGACCAGUGCCUAUCUGGCUGAGAGUUUCUUGGAGGAGUUUAGGGCCAAUCCAGAUUACAACCCUGAGCAGUUUGUUGCUAAGAUUGCACGGGAGCUGAAGCAGAAGAUCAGUGUGCAGACGGCACGAAGAGCACGACUCAGGGCUGUAAGAAAAUUGGAGGGGGAUGAGGAUGGGCAGUAUGCUAAGUUGUAUGACUACCGAAGGGAGGUCCUUCGAACCAAUCCGGGGAGCACAGUGGAUUUUAAAGAGCCUCGAGGAAAGUUUGCGGGUAUGUACAUGUGCUUGGCUGGAAUGAAGAAUGCCUUCCGGAAUGGGCUGAGGCAGAUCGUUUGUCUGGACGGUUGCUGGUUGAAGGGGAAGUAUGGGGGUCAGUUGCUAUCUGCAACUGGGAUUGACCCCAAUGAUUGCAUGUAUCCUCUGGCUAUGGCAUGGGUGAAGGUUGAGAAUACUGAAAACUGGACGUGGUUUUUGGAGCUAUUGAAGGCUGAUUUGCAUCUGGGCAACAGGACAACCUUCAUGUCAGACAAACAGAAGGGCCUCAUACAUGCACUGGACGCGCUUUUUCCACAUUCAGAGCACAGGUAUUGCUGGAGGCAUCUGUGGGCAAAUUUCAGAACCACCUUCCACUUGCAACAUUUAAAGCCGCUUAUAUGGAACAUUGGGAUUGCAACCUACACAUCCAAAUUGAAUGCUGCCAUGAAAGUUUUGGAGAAUACUCAUACGGCGGGCUACAACUGGAUUGAGGAGAGAUCUAGGGAGCAUUGGUCCAGGGCACAUUUCAGGCCGCAAGUCAAGUGUGACAUAUUGCUGAACAAUUUAGCGGAGGCCUUCAAUAAAUAUGUACUGACUUCGAGGACGAGACCUAUCUUGACGAUGUUUGAAAUGAUUAGGACUCAGCUGAUGAGGCGGAUCCAUGACAAACAGAUUUUUGGGAGCAAGAUUAAUUCGCGGUUGUGCCCUAAAAUUAGGAAAAAACUGGACAAGAUAAUUGAAGAGGGUUGGAAUUACACCGCACACCCUGCCGGCAGUCCUCAAGUGCAAGUUAUAGGUCCCGGAGGUCAGUUCGUGGUAAAUUUGGAUGAAAGGACUUGCACAUGUAGGCGUUGGGACCUCACUGGGAUUCCAUGCGUUCACGCAUGCCCCUGUAUUUAUGAGAACAAUGAGGUCCCAGAGAACUAUGUGGACGACUGCUACACAAAAGCCACCUACCAAAAAGUGUACAGCUAUGUUAUCAACCCUUUGAAUGGGGCUGAUAUGUGGGAAACCGAUCCAAAUCCAUUCCAUAUCAUAGUUCCUCCCUCGCCUGUGCAAACAAAGAAGCGGGGUAGAAAAUCGACGGUAAGACGAAAGGAAGCGGAAGAGCUAGAGCAGCAACAUGAACAGACUGUACAGGAGGCCCAUGCAAAGAGGGCAAAGUUAGGACGUAAGGGGCUUCAGAAGGUUAAAUGCAGUGAAUGUAACCGAUUUGGCCACAACAAACGGACGUGCAAAAAGGACAAUGACCAAGCUGCAUGUGGGGGUGACACUCAGCCAGAAGCAAGAGCUGCAGGGGAUGAAACAGGGGGAGAAGCACCAGAUGCAGGGGAGGUUCCAGGUGGGGAGUUUGGAACUGGAGAGCAGGCCCCAACAGGAGAGUCUGGCGUACACCUAAGUGGAGCCUAUUCUGCAACAGAACAAGCCUCGGUUGAACAGCAAGGUGCAGGGGAACCCAGUCAUGACACUUCUAUACAAGCUGCUCGAGCUGCUAAGAGAAAAGGAAAGAGGCCUGCUGGUCGAGAAGUCCCUUCGCGAUACAGGGACUGUUUGAGGAAACGAACAACGAACAAGUAGUGCAACAAAACAGAUGGAUGUAUAUUUUGUACCAUGUGCUUUUUGUUAAGGAACGUUUUUUGUUUUGGGCAACACAUGGAUAUAUUUUACUA